GCACCAUGGGGAUAUGAAAAUUUCGUAUCCCGAUCCAAGUGUUUCCAUGGCGGUGUAAACAGUAGAUUUUAAACCCAAAGCGCAGAUUUGUUGAUUUGAUUUGUGCUGAAAGGUCAAAUUGAAUCCCACCCUCAGUCUGUAUGAUCUGUAUCAACCUGUGUGGUACAUGUCAAUGCAGACCGCAUAGUGAAGCGCUAUGUCUUUGCAAGAACUAAGUGGUCCAUCUAUUCAUCUAAAAUUGAGUAUCAGAGAAGGUCAUGGUUUUGGCUUCCUAAAAAGUCCAAUUGUAAUAGUUGCGGGAACAAAUGGAAUCUUUCUUGAAACUGAGGUGGUUCCACCGAGUCCAGAUCCAUUGUUCCAUAUUGACCUGGUCUGGGAAACAGACAAGAGAAACCUUCGAAGAUUCAGGGCAAGCAAUACACCUAUGAAGUUAGAGUGUUUUACUGUUGGCCCAAGUAACCAACGCGAUUGCAUUGGCUCCAUACUUUUAAACAUUAAAUCUGCCCAAGUUCUUCCAAGGGGAUCACUGAACAAUGUAAAUGAGAAAUGGCACAAACUUAUUGGUGUGCCUGCUGAAGCAAAAGCACUUCAACCAGAAUUAUUGUUGAGUCUUACAAUUCAAGAGCCCAAUUCCUUGAGCCAGCCUCUUCCAAGCAGUAUUUGGGAGGGUAGAAGUAUCCCACCUACAAUUGUGUUGCCUGACAAGCAGACAGAGGCAGCAGAUUCUAGAAACGCAGAAAAAUCAAGACCAUCGAAUCCAGCAUCAACCCUACCUGCUCCAGAAUUAAAGCAAGGCUGUAUUCAAUUGGGGUCAGAAUGUUCAUCCAUUGAUUUGCUGCUCCUGAACUUCACUGUAAAACAUGCUCUUGAAUUGGAACUGUUACUCCGCGGCUACGAAAAGUUUUGUGAUGUUGAUAGCAACUUGAAACCUUUCCAAAUUGCCUUUACACUUAUGGGUCACAGUUUCCAAACUAAGCUGUUUGGAGAUAAGAGCCCCGGACCAGUAUGCACAAUAAAUGAGGAAGUCGUUCUCCCCAUACGCACUUCACUGUCAGUUCUGCACCAGUAUCUACAAGAGAAACCUUGUGCGUUAGUUAGUCUGUUUUAUUUGGGACAAGAAAUUGCUGCUGCUGAACUGCACAUAAGGUCUUUGGUGCCCACCAAUGACAUGCAGUCCUUUGCCCAUGAAUUUAAUGGUCUGACAUCAUUUUCACAAAAGUGUAAACUAGUGAGUUCAAGAUCCAGAAGCUUUCCUGUGCACGGUGGUGUUCAACCAAGUGUUGAGAUUACUACCAAGCUGCAACUCGCUGCAUCUCAGGCAACUCCUCACCAAGCCCAGCAAGUUACCAAUCAGACCAAACUGAUGUGUGAUAAUUUAUCUUUUCCCUCAUGUAUUGUUUCUCAGGAAGAUACUUCUUCCAGAUCCGAGAGUCGGCAGUCUCAUGAUACAUUCAUUGUGACCUCACAAAAUGGUCCUGUUUGGAUCCCAGUAGCCCCUGGAUUGACUCAAACUAUUGCACCAACAAAAGCAAAUUGUGGACCAGAAGAUGAAAUUAUUAAACUUGGAAUUGAUCAGGACAUAAGUGCAGGCGCGGGCGCCCCUGUAACACCAGAAAAUAGUUAUCUAGAUCAUUCUCUGAGAAUUGGUGCUGGAAAAACUGCAGCAGAUCCCAAAGCUUUGCAAAAUGCGAAAUUGGCUGCAAAUCAGUUGGGGGUCAGCAGCUUUCAUUCCUUGAAUAAAGAAGCCUCAAAAAGUUGUACUGCCAUGCAAGAAACCACAUUACCAGUGGUUAUUGCUGUUGAGGAGGGUCAAGCCAUUAAAUCUAAAUGCAGUAAAGGUGAUGCCAUUCAACAUCCACCACAACAGUCAUCAAUUACAUCUAAGUCUCCUGAAAUUAAUUGCGUCCCUGCUCGUACUCUUGUUGAAAUUGAACCCACAAUGCCCCUUGAUACCAGUACAGCUUACAAAAUUGUUGAAGAACUAGAGGAUUGGAAAGAGAAGCAACAAGAAAUAUUUUUAGCAGAACUGAAACAGAAAGAAGUUGAACACCUUGCACGAGUUACUGAAGAAUGGACAAGGAAAGUGAAGGCACAGAACACUGAACUAGAGAACAAAGUGGAGGAGUGCAAAGCUAUGGCUAACACAUUGUCCAGUGCAAAGCAGGACCUCAAAGACCGUUUAAAAACAUGUUCUACAAGAGAGCAGGAGCUGCGGAAAGCAAAGGAGAGUUUGGACAUGCAGUAUCAAAUAAAGUUCCAAGAACUCACUCUUGCCGCCCAAAGGCUUGAUGAAGGUGUGAAACUCAAGGUUGCUUUAGUUGAAUCCAAAUGUUCAAAGCUUGAAAUUAGAUUGAAAGAGCUUGAGUCUGAAAAUGAAACUUUACGACAUGAACUCAAUCAGAAAGCUUCAGCUGCUCCCGCUAACCAAACAUGUGGAAUGAGCCAUAAACAAGUGUCGCAACUAAUAACUCAAGUGGAUCAACUUGAAGGAAAACUGAAUGAGUCAUUACAAUCAAAAGCCUACUUUAAGGAGCAGUGGGGCCGAGCUGUUCGUGAAAUGAACCAAGCUAAACUCCAAUUUUCACAGAGCUCAGAAAACAGCAAAUGCUUGGAGAAUUUACUGAAUAAAGAAGAAACAGAGCUUCAAAGAGAUCAAAGGACUUUAGAAAAUUUACGGCAAGAGCUAGCCUACUUCAACUCUCAUUAGAGUAUACUACAUACCAUGUUGUUCAUGCCAAGACGUGAAAACUGCUUUUAAGGCAUACAAAUUGGGUUGCUUCGUAAAGUCGAACUCAAAUUAACUCUUGACAGAUUCCAUACCAUACAGCAUCGAGCUCUUAAUGUCACCAAAUUGUAUAAAAUUUGGCUGAAAUGUCAAUUUAGCCCUAAUAUGUUCCUCUUAAUUGUUUUGUUAUUUAAGACCUAUUAUUUUGCCACAAUUUCUUCCUGAGCAUGAGACAAGCUCCUUAGGAAUAGUUACUGGUGAGCUCUUCAUCACUUCUGGUAUAUCUAGUGCGUAGUAAUGUUUUGUGGUAGUUUGCUAUUUUCUUGAGAGAAAUUUGGUCCUUGCUUUGUCUUUUUACCGGAAAUACCCAGAUGGGCUGAAAAGACACAAAUAGUCGGCCUGACAUACAAAAACCUUGGCAGAGAAGUUACUAGUGCUCUUAGUUUUUACUUUCACCCCUUGGCUGAAUUGGUGACAUCAAGGGUAAAGCCAACUAAACUUCAUUGAUCGCUGGAAUGAAAUCACUCAUUAUGAUGUUUGUAAGAUUAAAAUUAGGGAGUAGAGUUGCGCGCAUGAGAAGAUUUUUAUGCUUGACUGAGUAUUGAAUUUAUCAAGAUACUGUAGGAGCUUGAAAUACCAAAGAAACUUCAUAAUUUUGUAUUAUUUUGUUUAGGGAGGCUUUGUGUGAGGUAUCCGUUCUCCUUUUGUAUGAUAUAUGUAGAUUAUUUCAUAAGUGCUCACUUGAAAGUAAAAUAAAUCAAUGUAAACAAUGUGUUAAAAAUGUUUUAAUUAAUUACAAUCCGAUUUGAAAAUAAAAAUAUAAUUUGCAUGAUAAAUUUAA